ACCGCCCCGCUUCCGUCCGCACCGGACCGCCAAGCUGCAAACCCGAGCUCGGCCGGGAGCUUGACCCAGCCCGCCGCUGGGGCGUCGGCGUAGGCCGUGCGGGCGGGCUUGGUUGAUGGGUAGAUUUAAAUUACAAAGCCCUCCCAGGGUAGGAGGCCGACAUGCUGUUGGUGAAAACAGCUCCCCGAGCGCCGGUGCCCAGCGCCUUGGAAAACACCCGGUCUCCGCUCGAGUUCAGUAGCGGGGGACUCCGAGAACUUUAACUUUUAGAAGUGAAUAAAACUGGUUUUGGAAGACAAGAUGACUACAACUGCAGAAAGAAAGUAUAUUAAUAUUAGAAAAAGAUUGGAUCAGUUGGGAUACCGCCAGACUCUGACAUUGGAGUGUUUACCAUUGGUGGAAAAACUUUUCAGUGACUUAGUUCAUACAACAGAAAGCCUUCGACAAUCAAAAUUAUCUACUGUGAAAGCUGAAAAGGAAAGUGCCAAUUUUGAUUUUGUAUUGGAACCCUAUAAACUUGAAAAUGCAAGAUUGAGUAGGGAAAAUAAUGAAUUAUACCUGGAAUUAAUGAAACAGAGAGAGUACUCAGACCAACACAUUAAAGAGUUGAAAACUACUUUGAAAAAGUGUGCACGUGAAACCGCUGAUCUGAAAUUUCUAAAUAACCAAUAUGUUCAUAAACUCAGACUUUUGGAGAAAGAAAGCAAAGCUAAGAAUGAAAAAAUUCAGCAACUUCAAGAAAAGAAUUUGCAUGCUGUAGUACAAACUCCGGGUGGCAAGAAAAGAAGCAUUGCUUUCAGGCGCCAGCGUAUGCAAAUAGAUGAACCAGUCCCUCCUUCUGAAGUUAGUGGUUAUCCAGUUCCACAGCCAGAUGACCCUUACAUUGCAGACCUCCUGGAAGUGGCUGAUAAUAGGAUUCAAGAGCUUCAGCAGGAAGUCCACCAUCUACAAGAAAAGUUAGCAAUGAUGGAAAAUGGCAUAAAAGAUUACAGCAAGCAGAUUGAGCUAAGAGAACGAGAAAUAGAAAGACUGUCAGGUACUUUGGAUGGUGGUCGCUCCCCUGAUGUCCUGUCUCUGGAGAAUAGAAAUAAAACCAAUGAAAAGCUUAUUGCUCAUUUAAAUAUUCAGGUUGACUUUCUUCAGCAAGCUAAUAAAGACCUGGAGAAGCAUAUUCAAGAGCUUAUGAAAACCAAGGAAACAGUGACGACUGAAGUUGUUAAUUUAAGUAACAAAAAUGAAAAACUCUGCCAAGAAUUAACUGAAAUAGACCAGUUAGCACAGCAGUUGGAAAGACAUAAAGAAGAAGUACUUGAGACUGCUGAUAAAGAACUUGGGGAAGCAAAGAAAGAGAUUAAAAGAAACCUCUCUGAAAUGCGGAAUCUUGAGGAAACAAUGGCAAAACUUCAACUGGAAUUAAGUUUAUGCCAUAAAGAAAAGGAGAGACUAAAUGAUGAACUCCUUCUGAAAUCAGACCUAGAAACUGUUGUACAUCAGCUUGAACAAGAAAAACAAAGACUUAGCAAAAAAAUGGAAGGUUUUGCAGCUAUAGAAAAAGAACUUACUUUGGAAGUUGAAAGGAUGAGGCUAGAACAUGGAAUAAAACGUCGAGACAGGUCACCUUCUCGUUUAGAUACAUUUCUGAAAGGUAUAGAAGAAGAACGAGAUUAUUAUAAGAAAGAACUAGAAAGACUCCAACAUAUAAUACAACGAAGAUCUUGCUCUACAAAUCAUUGCGCACGUGAAAAACAUUCAAUAUUUAAAACACUAGAAAAGGGUGAUUAUAAUUCAGAUAUUCAUCUGAUUGCAAGAGAAAGAGAUGAACUUCAGCGUAUGCUAGAAAGAUUUGAAAAAUAUAUGGAAGAUAUACAGUCCAAUGUUAAAUUAUUGACAGCAGAAAGAGAUAAACUAAGUGUCUUAUAUAAUAAAGCUCAGGAAGAAUUAUCUGCACUAAAACAGGAAUCCACUCAAAGCACAGGGCCAAAUAAUCUCCUUAGUCUUAUGGAAAAGGAAAAAGAACUUGCAUUAUCUGACUUAAGAAGAAUUAUGGAAGAAAAGGAAGCUUUAAAAGAAAAAUUAAAAAAUAUCCAGGAAAUGAAUGUUUUUGGCAAAACAGAAUUAGAGAAAACUAUUGAACAUUUGACAUGUGUUAAUCAUCAGCUUGAAAGUGAAAAAUAUGAAUUACAAUCGAAAGUGUUCCUAAUGAAAGAAAAAAUAGAGUCAUUAGAGAACAAAUCAAAAUUUCAAGCUCAACAAAUAAGCCAAAUUGGCCAUGUGCCUGGUGACUCAUCUCAUCAGAAAACAGAGAUGAAUUCCCUUAGGAUAGUAAAUGACCAGCUACAGCGGUCACUUGAUGAGUAUCAGCGCCGACUUUCCUUAAAAAGAGGUGAACUUGAAUCAGCCCAAGAACAAAUUAAAAUACUGGAGGGAAAAAUAAAUGAACUAAACCUUAAGAUGACUUCACAGAAUGAGGCAGCUCAUGUAAUGAAAAAGACCAUUGGUGUUAUUGAUAAAGAAAAAGACUUUCUUCAGGAAACUGUAGACGAGAAGACAGAAAAGCUUGCAGACUUGCAAGAAAACCUAGAAAAUAAAGAGAAAGCUAUUGCUCAGAUGAAGAAAACUAUCUCAGAGUAUGAAUUAUCCAAGAACCAGCUAAAGGAAGCAUUGACUAAUCGAGAAAGGGAGAUAAGCAGCCUUCGACGCCAGGUUGAUGCAUGUCACAAAGAACUUGAUGAAGUGGGAAGAGCUAGAGAAAUAGCUUUUAAGGAAAACAGACGAUUACAAGAUGAUCUGAGUACAAUGGCAAGAGAAAACCAAGCAAUCUCAUUGGAAUUGGAAGCAGCAAUGCAAGAAAAGGAAGAAAUGAAGAGUAGAGUGCAUAAUUAUAUAACUGAGGUGUCACGAUGUGAGAGUUUAAUGGCUGCUAAGGAACAAGAAAAUCAAGAUUUGUUAGAUAGAUUUCAGAUGCUUCAUAGCCGUGCUGAAGACUGGGAAGUCAAAGCCCAUCAAGCAGAAGGAGAAAGCAGCUCAGUUCGACUGGAACUUCUCUCUAUUGAUACAGAAAGGAGACACCUUCGAGAAAGAGUCGAGCUACUAGAAAAAGAAAUUCAGGAGCACGUAAAUGCACAUCAUGCUUAUGAAUCUCAAAUCUCAUCAAUGGCAAAAGCCAUGUCUAGAUUAGAAGACGAGCUGAGACAUCAAGAAAAUGAGAAAGCAGCAGUAUUAAGUGACUUGUCUUCUCUUAGGGAACUUUGCAUUAAACUUGAUUCAGGCAAAGAUGUUAUGACCCAACAAUUGAAUUCCAAAAGCCUUGACUUGGAGAGGGCUGUGGUAGAAUUAGAAAAUAUGAAGUCAGAAUCAGAGCUGUUAAAAAAACAACUGUCAAGUGAGAGACACACGAUUAAAAACCUUGAAUCAUUGUUGGCUACAAAUAGAGAUAAAGAAUUUCAUACUCAUUUAACCUCUCACGAGAAGGAUACAGAAAUUCAGCUACUUAAGGAGAAGUUAACCCUUUCAGAAAGCAAAGUAACUAGUCAAAGCCGGGAAAAUGCCAUGCUCCGAUCUAAAGUGACACAAUUACAAACAGAUUAUGAUACUAUGAAAAGGCAGAUUUCAACUGAAAGAUAUGAACGAGAACGAGCAGUCCAAGAGAUGCGUCGACAUGGUCUUCCUACACCACCCCUUAGUUCUACUCUGAAGUCUCCUUUACAGUCUCCUGAACAUAUAAGUGUAUAGUUAUUAGAAAAAAUAAUGAUUUUCCAUGAGUUUCUUUGUGGAUAUUUAAAAGAACACAACAGUAAUGAAAUAUUUGAAGUACUUGUUCCUGAAAAUCAUGAGCAUUGACACAAAUUCUACCUCUGGCAACUUUUAUUUAAAUCACUGAAUAUUUAUGUAAAAAGUUUGGUUGAAAAGAACUCUAUAUUUUCAUAUGUAUGACAAAACAAAAUAUGUAUUAAUAGUGCUUAACUGAUGUGAUAUGUAUAUUUUUAUUAUUCCUGACUUAAAUUACUCCUUAAAAUGUGUUUGUACUGUGAAUUAAUAUAAUGUAUUGUUCACAUUAUGCUUUAAUAAUCUAUUUCUA